UAUCAGCAGGCAUUAUUUGCACUAGAGUACACCCAGCAUAAAACCCUUGCAAUGCGUCUAAACCACACUUCGUUAGGUAAAACACCUGUCGGCCAAAUAUUAAAUAUCAUGUCCAAUGAUGUUAAUAGAUUUGACGAGUUUGCGUUCACAGUUCAGGCCCUAUUCGUGGCGCCCAUACAGUCGGUGCUAAUCAUAUACUUAUUAUGGGAGCACUUGGCGUACGCCUGUCUGUCCGGUCUGGCGGUUAUACUGCUAUUCAUACCAUUCCAGGGCCUAAUGGGACGUAUGUUUCAAACGGUUAGACGCAAAACCGCUCACUUGACCGACACUAGGAUUAGGCUUAUGAACGAAAUUAUAGCCGGCAUGAGAGUGAUCAAGAUGUACGCCUGGGAGAUGCCCUUUCAGCACCUGGUGGUCGACGCACGCGAACAAGAAGUGCAACGAAUCAGACACUCGUCGCUAUUGAAAGCGGUAAACCUGUCGCUAUAUUUUGUCACAUCGCGGCUCAUAUUGUUUGCCUGUUUCGUGACGUAUGUCUAUAUGGGUGGCCAGUUGUCGGCGCGGGCCGUGUUUGUGACCAUGGCCUUUUUCAAUAUAUUGCGCACAUCGCUCACCAAAUACUUUCCACAAGCCGUCGCCUCCAUGGCUGAGAUGAUGGUUGCAGUACGCCGUAUACAGGAUUUCUUACUACUCGAAGAAUAUAAGAAACUAAACGACAAAUCGAUGUCCGAAGCAAUCGAUGGUAAUGAAGAGGAGAUACCGAUGGAUGAGAUGAUUGUCGCCGACGAAGACAUUGGCGUUUCUAUGAAUGAAAUGACUGUCCGCUGGAAUAAUGAUAUGACUGAACCCACGCUUCGGGACAUUAGUCUGAGUGUAAAACCCGGAGAACUACUGGUCGUUAUCGGAGCGGUGGGCAGCGGAAAGACAUCGUUAUUGAUGUCAAUACUGAACGAGUUGUCGCUAGUGUCGGGUCGGGUGGUAGUGAGGGGUCGGGUGUCGUACGCGCCGCAGGAGUCGUGGGCUUUCAUAGCGAGUGUUCGACAGAAUAUUCUGUUUGGCUCUCAAUAUAACGAAGAGAAAUACAAUCGAGUGGUGAAGGCGUGCGCUUUGGACCGGGAUUUCGCACUCUUCCCAUACGGCGACCGGACUCUAGUCGGCGAGAGAGGGGUAUCAUUAAGUGGGGGCCAAAAGGCGCGCAUAAGUCUGGCCCGGGCUCUGUACCACUCGGCAGACAUCUACCUCUUGGACGACCCCUUGAGCGCUGUGGACACACAUGUGGCCAAACAUUUGUUCCGAAAAGCCUGUGUCGAGUACUUGAAAGACAAGUGCCGAGUGCUGGUCACCCAUCAGAUCCAGUUCGCCAAAGAGGCCGAUAAGAUACUGAUCCUAUCGGAGGGCCGGCCCGUGGCCUUUGGCUCCUACCAGGAGCUGCUCGAUCGGGGCGUUAGCCUCGAGACAUAUAUCGCCGACAAUAUGAAAAUACUUGACCCGAAAAACCAUAACAACAGCGCCGGCGGUCGACACCGGACCCAAUCCUACUCGCCAUCGAUGGUGAGCAGCGGCGCCGGUAGUAUCGCCGGCUGUGGCGGUGGCUCCGAACCCGAGCCCAUACACACCGUCGGUGUGACCAUCGAUGAGACGGACGUCGGGCCCGAAGUGGCGGCUGAGGCCAAACAGACGGGCGGUAUUGAGUCGGGCCUAUACUGGGAGUAUACGCGCGCCGGCGGCGGACCGGCGCUCAUAUUUACCACGUUUUCGUCGAUUAUCAUCUCUCAGGCCUUAUAUAAUGGCAGCGACUUCUGGCUCACCAUAUGGACAAAUAACACCCGGAAUACUAUAGGCGCUGCGACUAAUACCACGUUUUAUGUGAUGAUAUACUCGGCACUAAUCGGCGGCCUAUUUAUCACAUCACUGGUCAGAACGACCACAUUCUUUGUCAUGUGUACGAAGGCCUCCAUAACACUGCAUAAUAGGAUCUUCCUAUCGGUUCUCAGAGCGCCGUCCCAUGUGUUUGACAGCCAACCCAUCGGGCGUAUACUAAAUAGGUUUACUAAAGACACCGGAAUUGUGGACGAGUUGUUGCCGUCGACAGCCUUUGAUCUGCAAAUGUUAACGAUAAUGUUUCCAAAAAACAUAUACUGUAUGCCUUACCCGACAGCCCGGAGCCCGAUAUACUCACACGUAAACACCAGUCUAUCGGGUCUGACGAGUGUCCGCACGUUCGGAGCCGAGCGGGCGUUUGAGCGCCAGUUUGACGAUCACCUCAACGAUAAUACCGGCGCUUACUUUCUGUUCAUAUGCACCGGUCGUGCCUUCGCUAUACUUAUGGACUGGAUUUGCAUCUUAUAUAUCAUUGCCGUCACUGCAUUCGUUAUGGCCUAUCCAGACGUGAUGGAUGGCGGCGGUGUGGGAUUAGUUAUAUCAUCAGCAAUAACCCUAACCGGGCUGACACAGUAUGGGGUGAAAUGCUCGGCCGAUCUCGAGUCCUACAUGACUGCUGUCGAGCGUAUGCUCGAGUACUCACGCAUUAAGCCCGAGGCGGCGCUCGAGUCCACUCCGGACCGUAAACCGCCGCCGGAUUGGCCCCAAACGGGUGACAUCGAGUUCAACGACAUGAGCCUCCAGUACGCCGACUGUCCGCACAAAGUGCUCAACGGUCUCAACGUUAGCAUCAAAGGCGGCGAAAAGGUGGGUGUCGUGGGCCGGACGGGCGCCGGCAAGUCAUCACUUAUAGCCGCACUCUUCAGACUCACGGAACCGGAGGGACAGAUACUCAUAGACGGGGUGGACAUCGGAUGCAUUGGUUUGCAUGACUUGAGAAGUCGCGUAUCGAUCAUACCUCAGGAACCGGUGCUCUUCACGGGUUCGGUGCGCAAAAAUUUGGACCCAUUUGGCGACCAUCGCGACGAAGAUCUGUGGGCAGCGCUCGCGGAGGUACAGCUCCGGGAUGUGGUUCAAGCGAUGUCCGGCCAAUUAGACGGACAGGUGAGCGAAGGGGGCGCUAAUAUGAGUGUAGGUCAGCGCCAAUUGGUAUGUCUGGCGAGAGCUAUACUACGAGACAAUCGGAUACUAGUGUUAGACGAGGCGACCGCUAAUGUCGACCACAGAUUGUUGUGGACACCAAUUGUAGAUCGUAAUAAUAAAACUAAUAUGUAUAUGCAAAACAACUAUGCCAACUAUUCAAAUCAGGGCUGGCUUCAACUCUCGCAAGAGAGGUCUGUAUCAUCGUCGGAAUCACUGAUAGUAAUGAGCGGCAUAACAGUAGGAUUGACACCACCACAAAUUCGGAUUGCCACCACCACAAACAGUCGGAUUGCCAACAACUGUGUGAUGAUUAUAUAA